CGCGCGCUUCAAUAUAUGCCUUGCCUGCUCGCUUCCCUACCGUUUUAUUUCGCAACCACUCUAGUACAGCUAGCAGCUCAGAGGAGUUCGUCCUAUCACAAUGUCCGAGAAGCAAGUAACGGCCACACUCCAAUUCACGCCUAAAGAUUACUCCUCGUUCUUCCUCGCAGGAGCAUUAUGCUGCACUGUCACACAUGGAGCGAUGACCCCUAUUGACGUCGUGAAGACGCGUAUACAGAUAGACCCUGAAUUCAAGGGUCAAUCUAUGCUUGCUGGUACACGCCAGGUCAUCUCAAAGGAAGGACCGAAGGCGCUCCUAACCGGUUUUGGACCAACCGCCGUGGGCUACCUCGUUCAAGGAGGCGCCAAGUUUGCAGGAUACGAGUACUGGAAGAAGAAAGGCGUCGAGUUCGCUGGGGGACCAGAGAAUUCUGUGCAGUAUCGGACAGCCAUAUAUCUCGGAGCUGCCAGUGUCGCCGAGUUCUUCGCGGAUAUUCUCCUGACACCUCUAGAGGCCACACGCAUCAGACUCGUAUCCGAGCGCAACUACGCCACUGGCCUGGUGUCAGGCUUCACUCGCCUCGCACGAGAAGGCGGCGUACGUGAGCUCUAUGCUGGAUUCCUCCCUAUCCUCUGCAAACAGAUACCGUACGCUAUUGGACAGUUCACUGUCAACGAGUUUUGUCAUGAAGCAGCUUACCGGACAAUGUCGGAAGACACCCGCAACAACAUGACGGCAAGCAGCCGGUUCGGUCUCAACUUGGGCAGUGGUAUCAUUGCGGGCUUCGCCGCCGCCAUCCUAAGUCAUCCUGCGGACACGCUCCUGAGUCAGAUAAACAAGGGUCAUGGCCCUACAGGAUCGAUGCCCCAUCGCCUCGCUGUGCUGGCACGCGAGGCUGGCUUCCGUGGACUGUUUGCUGGGCUCGGACCGAGGAUGGUCAUGACUGCUGGUCUGGUCUCUGGGCAGUUUUUGCUUUAUGGAGCCAUCAAAGAAGCUAUGGGCGCUCCCCCGGGCUUGGAGAUUCACAAGGAAGACUCAAGCAAGUCUUAGAAAUCAAUCCUAGAC